AUGUCUUCCCAGUGCAAGCUGCCCUGCCUGACCCCUUCUGCCUGCGGGGGGGAGGCUGCGUGCACCGACACUUGCCCGUCACAUUGUGCCGUGGUGGACCCGGAUGGCUGCCCUGUGCAGGACACGCACCCCUGUCCUGAGCAGACUUGCCAGGUGGACCCCUGCCCAUGUCAGAGCGCAGCCACCUGCCUGGAUGCCUGCCCUCAGGCUGAGUCCACCUGCCCACCUCCCGCUGUCCCCAUUCCCGGGGAUGCCUGCUGCCCUGAGCCCGCAGCUGCCUGCGACUCCUGCACACCUCCAUGUGUGGGUGACUGCGUGUGCCCAGCAGCGAUCCCCUGUGACCCCCCUCAAAGCAAGGGAGGGACCAGUGUCCUGCUCCAGCCCACAGUCUCGCCAGUGGAGCCCUGCAUCCCUGAGACAGCUGCGACCUGCACAGAAAACGUCCCCGUGCAGUACCCAAUCUCAACCGUGGAGCCCUGCACGGAGGAGCCCGGCUGCGCUCAGGGUGUGAUCAUUGGUGAUCUUCACCCCGAUCAGUGCUCGGCUACAGGCGUGGACCCCUGCACACCCCAAAGUGUGGUUUGUACAGAGCCAUGCGUGUUCCAGAGCGCCACAGAACACACGGGGACAUGUACACCCCAAGGCGCCGUGGGACCCGCAGACACCGGCUAUACCAAGGGCACGGGCAAGGGUGCUGGCGCCCUCCCAUCCCGACGAGCACCUUUCCGCCUGAACACCCGCACCACCACCGUCGUGGAGCGGUGCCUUUCCAGGUGUCAAAGCUGGCUGCGAGGCAAGAAGUAA